CCCGGGCUAUUUUCAGCAUAAAAUGGCACCUGCACUUAGCAAAUUUGUAACCAAAAAGUCAAUUGCUGGAGCGAUAAGUGUCAGCGCGCUAAUCUGGCUGCUCAACAAAAAAUCGAAAAAGCGUACUCCACGAACGAGGAAUAAACAGCCCAACAAUGAAAUUCAAUAUGUCAUUAAAGAGGACAAACCCAAGUCACCCAAGGCACAUGUCAAUGCAGAAUUUUUCAAACAAUUACGGCAUCUCCUCUCAAUUGGGAUUCCGGGAAUAUUUUCUAUGGAGACUGGAUUCUUAUUUUUGAUUGCUGGAUCUUUGGUUCUCAGAUCCUUAUGCGAUCUUUGGAUGAUCCAAGUAGGAACACACAUCGAGUCGGCUAUCGUUAGCAUGAAUGCUCCUCUAUUUAGACAACGUCUACUGACAUUCUUCACCGCUUUGCCAUUGAUCUCAAUCGUCAACAACCUGAUCAAAUAUGGUAUCGGUGAAGUGUCUCUAAGGCUGCGAACGAACAUCACCCAUCAUCUCAUAGACAAAUACCUCAAAGGCUUCACAUACUACAAGAUGUGCAACUUGGAUAAUCGCAUAGCAAAUCCGGAUCAACUGCUUACGACAGAUGUUGAUAAGUUCUGUGAAAGUUGCGUCAAUCUAUACAGUAAUAUUGCAAAACCACUGCUAGACAUUUUCAUCUAUGUAUACAGACUUACGUCUAGUCUCGGAGGGCAGACGCCGCUGCUCAUGCUGUCUUACAUGUUCGUAGCAGGGACGUUUUUGACUCAUAUUCGUAAGCCAAUUGGGGCAAUGACUGUACAGGAACAGCGGCUGGAGGGCGAGUAUCGGCACAUUAAUUCUCGUCUUAUUGUUAACUCUGAAGAAGUUGCCUUUUAUCAAGGGAAUAAUCGUGAGAAAUUAACGCUUCUCACCAGCUUCCAGAAACUGGUCACGCAUCUCCGGAGGUUCCUUGAGUUCAGAGUAAGCCUGGGCGUUAUAGAUAAUUUCGUUGGAAAGUAUGCGGCGACAAUUGUUGGCUUCUAUGCUGUCAGCAUACCUUUCCUCCAGAAGGAUCACCCAAUUUUAAAGGGUAACCCGGAUCAUCGGUACAAAAGUUACUACACCUAUGGCCGAAUGUUAAUAAAGUUAGCGGAAGCAAUUGGCAGACUGGUACUUGCAGGAAGAGAGUUGACCCGACUAGCUGGCUUCACAGCGAGAGUAACAGAAAUAAGAAAAGUCUUGGAUGACCUGAAUGCAGGAAAAUAUCAAAGAACAAUGAUAGCAGAUAAUAAAAAUGAUUCUAUCGGAUCACCGGGAGCGGGAAGAAUAGUUCCCAGAGACAACGUGAUAAAAUUCGAGCACGUCCCUCUGGUUACUCCGAACGGAGACGUACUCAUCAAAGAUUUAUCUUUCGAGGUGAAGUCUGGCAUCAACGUAUUGGUUUGUGGUCCAAACGGUUGUGGCAAGAGUUCCCUCUUCCGAAUUCUAGGAGAGCUGUGGCCAGUCUGGGGUGGCACCGUGACAAAACCACCGAAAGGAAAAUUAUUCUACAUUCCCCAGCGGCCCUACAUGACAUUGGGGACGCUCAGAGAUCAAGUAAUAUAUCCUCACACAAGAGCUGAAAUGCUGCGAAGAGGAAAUUCAAGUGAUGCAGAUCUCGAAGAGUUCUUGAAUGUUGUACAGCUUGGUCAUUUAUUGGAGAGAGAAGCACAGGGAACAGGCGAAGGUCAAGGUUGGGACACCGUGGCGGACUGGAUCGACGUACUGUCUGGAGGAGAAAAACAACGAAUAGCGAUGGCAAGACUAUUUUAUCACGCACCGCAAUUUGCCAUUCUGGACGAAUGUACCAGUGCUGUCAGCGUGGACGUCGAAGACUCAAUGUACUCUUACUGUAGAGGCGCUGGGAUCACAUUGUUCACAGUUUCCCACAGAAAAUCCCUUUGGAAACACCACGAGUACUACCUGCGGAUGGAUGGUAGAGGUUCGUACGAAUUUAAACCAAUAGAUCAGGAAACGGAAGAAUUUGGGUCAUGAAUUCUACUAUAACUCGGAAUUCUCUAUAAGGUGGUAUGCAUUAGGUAUAAGUAUCUAAGACAAAUAUUGUGAACGUUCAAGUCAAGUAUCCAUAUUAUCCAAGCGAUUGGGUCAGUUGGAUGAUGUGAAAAUUAUACGUUCACACACAUAACACGCACACAUGACUUCAUACAUGUAUAUACACAAAUAACUUUUUACACAGUAUCGUAUGAUUAGCAAAAAUACGCGUAUAGUUUUUUUUUUUUUUAUUCAUCUUUUUAUGAAAACUUAUUGGAUGGCACGGUGAAAACACGGUCAUACAUACAGAAACCAAGCUGAUUGUAUUAUUACGAAUAUUUUUGAUGUCGAUCCAUUCGCAAGUUGAAUUGUUGUGGUGAUUCUACCGAACGUAAGUUUUUGCGUAAUGAAAACUUCUAUGCUUGAGUGUCUAAUUCUUUCGCUACUAUUUUGGCGAAGGAAUUUGAAAGACAAAAAAAUUGAGCGGUAUUUCCGACGUUCGUAAGCAUGGAGAGUUAUCGAUUGUAGGAAGAAACACUAGAAAGACAAGUAUUAUUUCGACAUCUGUUUAUUUUGUUAAAAUAUAUCAGCACAAUUAAAAAAUAUUAGAAAAAAAAUUGACAAAAUGAACUAGAUAAUAAUAGUAAUGAUAUAAAUAUGAAAUAAUUUUCUGGUAAUGCGAAAUAAUGGUAUUUAUUUCCUUUAGGUGAAUGGCAAUUUUAUAAACAUGUAUGUUGCAAAUAUAGGUAUAAAGAGAGUGAUUGAUAGGAGUGUGUUCAUUGGGGGUUGGUUAGGUCGAAUCAUGGGCCCAUUAUUAAUGUAUAAAAUGAUUCAUUCCAUUGUUGUGUAAGCAUUACUCAACAUUUUAUGCUACACGUAUAGUCGAGGGUCUAGCGGGCUAAAACUUGUCACUGUAAUACACUAAACAUAUUUUUGAUCGGUUGUAUUGCCCUUACAAAUUACAGUGAAAAUAUCAAUGGCAGUAAGUUAUGGUUAAUCCAAACUCUGUUGGCCAAAAUGACAAAAUCAAAGUUAUUAUGCUUCUUUAAAUCUCUAAUCCCUACUCCUUUAAGAACUAACUAAAAGAAUUAACAAGGCUGUUGGAGUAUUUCAAUUAUUAUUUGCUCACGUUAUUUGGUACUGCUUGUGCCAAAUAACGUGAGGAAAGUGCCUGAUGGCGGGCCAACAUUUUCUGAUCGUUAGGUAUAUGUAUAUCUGGUCCACCUGGAGAAUGACACGAUUUAAUGCCAUUUUUUAAAAACUAACUAUCGUCAUUUAUACUAGCAAUUUGCCUUUCGAUAACCUCAAUUUUCGAAUAAAUGUAUCUAACUAAAUUUUCAGGGUCCUAUCAUUAUUCUCCGUUUACAUAUUUUAGAAAAUGAUAUAUUAUAACUAAUACUAUCGUUGCGUUGUUAUUUGUUAUAUUUAUCAUGUGUAGAGCACAUUGUACAUUUAUUUCUCUCUGGGAUUGCUGGUCAAUGGGUCACAUUUAUUGUAUAAAAUUAAUAAUAAUAAUUAUUAUUAUUAUUACCCACUACAAAUUCAUGAAUAAAGAAUUUUACAAGUA